CUUGCUGUUUGAAGGUCAACCACUUCUUCUCAGUCCAUAUCUCACUGUUAAUACGUAUUGUGUUUCUGGAUUUACAAAACAGAAGACUGGUGCUUGUACCUGAAAAAUCAUGUGCAACUUCAGAAGCAUCCGGAAAGUACUACAGUACUUGAAAUUUUUAAUCUAUUUASUCAUCGAGAACUUCUUCUGUAUAUUUCCUCUAUGCAAAAAAAAAUCCUUUGCUGGUGAAAUUGUACUUAUUACUGGCUCUGCAAAUGGGAUUGGAAAGCAGGUUGCCUUAAAAYUGGCUCCUUUGGGAGUAACUUUGGUUCUUUGGGACAUCGAUGAUGAAGGUAACAAAGAAACAAGCAGAUUAGCCCAACAGAAGGGAGCCGGCCGGGUCUUUGUCUACCAUUGUGACUGCAGCAACAGGCAGGAUGUCUACGAACAGGCAGAHAAGGUUAGAAAAGAAGUUGGAGAUGUUACUAUUCUAAUCAAUAAUGCUGGCAUACUGACUGGGAAAAAGUUCUGUGACCUUACAGACGAAGAUUUUGAAAAGACCUUCAGAAUCAACUUCUUCUCUCAAGUCUGGACUUGCAAGGCCUUUCUUCCAGCCAUGGUAGCCUGUAACCGUGGCCACCUGGUUAGCACAGCCAGCACAGCUGGAAUCCUGGGAUUCUACAGGAUGUCAGAUUAUUCUGCAAGUAAGAGUGCAAUCAUUGGAAUGAUGGAAACCAUCAAUUCAGAACUGUAUCAUGCAGGAAAACGUGGCAUUAAAACCACAAUCGUUUGCCCUUAUUUUAUUAGUACUCGGUUAAGUAGAGGCUUCANNNACAGAAAACCCUGUUUGUUUCCUGUUUAUGAUCCAGAGUAUGCAGCCAGCAGGAUUGUGGAUGCAAUUAAAAAGGAAAAAUUUUAUCUGAUCAUGCCUCCAGCYGUAUACGUACUUGGUCUGAAAAUUUUCCUGCCUAGAAUACUGAUACUACUMCUUGAGUCUUAUAUUAAGUUCCCUGAGAGCAUGGAAGAAGCCUUUGGCCAGAAGAAAAAGGUUUGAAACCAAAAGUAAUGUGAAGACUUCAAGUGCCAUCUAAUGGAACAUUUCCAGUUAAAAAAAGAAAA